CGAAAACAAUGAAAAGUGUUUGAAAAAAAAAAGUGACUCCCGUGUAUUUUUUUUGCAAAUCUGUUUCUCUUUUCAUCGUGUUGCUGUGUUGUGUCUUCACAGUUUGUGUUCGCGUGUGUGUGUAUUUGUGUAUUAGGCAACAUCCCUGAUGCACAGGAGGAGUGGCACGGGAGGGAGGGGUGCAGUUACUAUAGCAACCCCUAAGUGGAUUUUCCUCCGUCAGCGACGGGGCGUGGCCCGUUGUCGGGGGGCGGGGUUUCCUCUCGAGAAGUUCUUAUUCUCAAUGAACGUACGUGAGGAUAAAGCACAGGCGAAAGUAACGCGCAAAGGCACAUGAGCUGAAAACAAGGGGCUUGAUUGAUCAACUGUAAACUCCAUAUCUCCAUCAUCUGGUACGAGGCAGAGUCGGGUGUUAAGGUGGAUGCAUCACCUCAACCAAGCGUCCUGCUGCAUCAGGUAUCAACGUGGACAUCUGCUGCCAUCAUGUGGUGCUGGAUCUAAACUACAGAAUAACAGCACCCAGGGUCCCUGAGGAGUGAAAUGUGAAGCUACCAUUGAGCUAAUAUGGAUCGUUGCUCCUUUCGCCCAUGAAACAAUGCCUUUGAGUCUAUAAGGGGCUUUAGUGAAUCACUAGCCGGAAGUAGAAGGAAAGACACCUCUAUAACCUCCGUCCUCGAAACUAUAUUUAUAUAAACGUAUAUUAUAUUCCUCGCUCUGACUGCUCAACUUAUUUAUAACUGCUAAUAAUACUAGUUCCCAAAUAUUGUGUAUGUAUAUGUUUGUAGUUAUACGAUAAACAUCAUCGUACUUUCUAAUAAGAUUGUCUUUUUAAACUGAUUUGUUGUAUAUAAUAUUAUAAUAUUGUGUUAUUGUUUAAUUAGUGUGUAAUUCGCAAGUAAUUUUGCUGUCAUAUCUGAACAUGCUGGCUUCCCUAUGCAUUUUAAAAAGUAACAAGUAAAAGGAAUAACGGAAACUUGCAUUGAGUUGUGUACCAUAACUUUAACACAGACUUUCACACUAAAUAUGUGACAUCGCGUUAUUUGAGCCUGCAGGCUCAUCUGGUGCAUUAAAGCUCCAGAAAUGAAGCUGAGAUAUGCAUGAGCGCAUAACAGAAAGAUGUGAUAUUAGCGAGGCGGCAGAAAUCCCCCUGAGCCAAUCACGAGAGGCCUCGCGUGGCAGACGGGAGGUGCAGCCAAUCAGAGAAGACGUUUCUUCACAAUGGGCUGGUCUUGCUGCUGGUUUGAUGUUAUACACAGCUGUUUUUUUUUGCUCUAUGUGGAGACUUGUGGCAGAAUACGGGGAGCACAGAGGUGCAUGUUGUAGUAAAUCCAUUCACGGACCCCGAACAGUGUCGAAUGGACGUUUUAUUUCCUCCACAGCGGCGCUAGUUAACGUAAUGUCUCGGAAAUGUUACACCUUUAUUUUCCAACGGCAGCAGCAGUAGUAGUCUCAAGCCCCACUAGUUUACUUUUUGAACUUAAACAUAGCCUUUUCUCGCUAGCGGUUGGGGCUUUGUCGAGCGGCUGCGGGCGUCUGUUCCUCUCACACAUUCCCAGAAAACCAUGAGGACGGAGGAGCAACGCUGCAGGGAGGUGCGUUUGUGCCGUGCGGGACAGCUGAGCGGGGCGGCUCCGGUCACCAAGUCCCUCCACGAGAGUCUCCUUGAGUGGGGCGGUGUGUUUUGAUCCGCUCUGCCAUCCUGCCAAAAUUAUCGUGGGGGGUGCAGCGGUCCGACCGGCGGGGAGGGACUCCUGGCGGCCGGGGGCAGCGAGUUGAACACGAAGACAGGCCACUGUGGAUUCCUAUUUGGCUGAGAUUAUGGUUUGGGAAAGGCCCGCUGCUUCUCCAACAAAAGCAAUCCGCGUGGCCUCUCGGCGGCAACAGCAGCGCGUGGGAAGAAACGCGUCCGCGGCUCGUUGGUGAGAGUUAGCUCUCCACUUGGCCAACUCGAGAGUGGCGCUCCCGGCGCGCCUGCGCAAUUACGCACGCACCCCUUUGUUGUGAAGUUUGCUCUCAGCCGAAAGUCUGCCGUUCGACGUUGUCCAAACCGUCGGCCCGACCUCCGUUGCGAGUGGAUGCGCGAGGAUGGUGGAGAGCCGCAGCAGCGUCCAGAGGGAGGGGGUGUACCGCUGGUUCUCCUCCCUCACCUCCGGCCAGAGAGCCGAGUUCCUGUGCGGCCUCCUGGACCUCUGCGUCCCCGUCGAGCUCCGCUUCCUCGGCUCCUGCCUGGAGGACUUGGCCCGCAAGGACUACCACUCUCUCCGGGACGCGGAGAUCAAAGCCAACAACCCCGCCGACCUGUCGGGUCUCACCAACAUCACGGACGAGGUGGUGCGCAGCAAGCUGCUGGUGUCCCUCGCGCUGCUCGGCACGGACAACAGGGAGGCGGCGGGGGUCCUGUACCGGACCCUGACUCACAUAGACACGGUGAUCAAUAACUACGGGCUGGCGCUGAACGACGGGAGGACCGAGGAGCAGUUUCUGUUGCUCUUCACCAUGGCGUCCCACCACCCGGCCUUCAGCUUCCACCAGAAGCAGGUGCUGAGGCAGCAGCUCGGCUUGAUCCAGGACGUCCUGCAGGUAAGCAAAGGAGGAGGAGGAGGAGGAGCGGAUCAAUCCGCGGCCCAUCCCUCUCAGCCACAUCACCACUAUCACCAUCACACCGUGUCCCUGCCGCUGGCCUCGUUGUCCCCCGCUGCCUGCUCCCAAGCCUGCCACACACAGUGCACCUGCUGGCGCAAGAGCCAGACCAGAGAGGCCGGCACAGCCUCAGGGGAGACCACGGGACGACGAGGCCGAGCAGUCAGCCAGGACCUCCCCGCCCCUCCCCUUCUUCCACCAGCACCACCUCCUCCUCCUCCUCCUCUUCCUGCUGGACACGUCCAGGGCGCUGCAGCACCGGCCAAGAACCGCACCAAAACGCUGAUCGAGAGGGUGGAGCUGAGAGGAGUGAGCCACGCGUCCCGAGACGCCACCGAAUACGUGCUGGAGGUGGGUCCGCUCUCAACGCAGGCGCCCCCUCGCUUUCCCCCGAAUGCCUUCACUUCAUCUUUUCACGUCGCUGCCCUUUUGCUUUUCACCCGGUUUUUACUUCCUCCUUUACUCCAUCACCUCCACCUCUCCCCCCCACCUCGUCCUUUCCUCUCUUCGUCCUCUCUCCUCCAGGCCAGCUGGUCCGACGGUUACGUGUCAUCCGUGGUUCGGACUCGGCAGGAGGUGGCGGCGCUGCUCACCCAGCUGUCUGAAGCAUUUCCUGAUGACGCAGUGGAGGAAGUCUUCCCUGAGUCCACGGAGCUGAACCCCAGGUUAGUCCCUUGUUCCUCCAACCCUCUCUUCCCAUUUUUAAAGUGUGUUAUUUCAUCAGGGAGAGUUGUAUUCCAGUCAACAGUUUGCUAUGUAAAGCAUUUGCAAAGUUUUUGAGUUAUUGAAUGUUUGGAAC